AAUCCGUCAAGAGUACCUCAAAUACUCGCUGGAAUAUUGUUGCCCACGCUUUUCGCAUCCAUCUUCGUAGUCGCAAGACUAUACACACGAUUCAUCAUCACAAGAAAUUGGGGAAACGAUGAUACAUUAAUCACAAUCGCCUGGGUCACCAGCCUAGGUCUCGCAGUAACAAACGCUCUCCUAAUCCCCUUCGGCGGCGGCCACCACGCCAUCUUCCAAAAACCCUCGCAAAUUACCCCGACCCUCAAAAUCGCCUUCAUCGGCCGCCUAAUCUACCAAUUCGUAUUAUGCCUCACCAAGCUCGGCAUCUGCCUCUUCUAUCUCCGAGUCUUCCAAGACAAAGCCAGUAAACGACAAGUCUACAUGAUUGCCGCCUUCACCAUCAUCUCCGCACUGGUCAUUGAGAUCGAGUUCGUCUUCCAGUGCAAUCCUGUAUCCGAUGCUUGGAAUUUCGUCAAUCCGAAUUGUAAAGCUACGAAUCCUAGCGUGGUGACUAAUUGUGUGUGUAAUAUUAUUGCGGACGUGUGGAUUAUGGCUUUUGUCAUUCCGAGAGUGUUACCAUUGCAGAUGGCGAGACGGCAGAAGUUUUCGUUGCUUGGUGUUGUGAGUCUCGGUAUGUUGGUUAUUGCAGCGUCGAUUGUGAGGUGUAUUUUGGUCCUGAUGAUUGGUAAACAGGGAAUGGUCACAACAUGGACAACGCUCGAAGUAGCAACAGGAUUAUUCUGCGCUUCGGCUCCAUGCAUCAGACCCCUACUCCGCCAAAUCGCGCCAGGAUUCAUGUCUUCGCUCUCGCAAACCUUUUCAGGACCAUCGAAAGCUCGUACGAAGACUGGACCUUCGUCUAAAUACGGGCUAGGGAGCGUAAACAGAGUGGGGAAAAGAGGCGAGGCGUUCGAGUUGAGUAGCAGGGGUGAGGGAGACAGAGCAACCUUCUGGAUUGAAGAGGGAGAUAACAGAAAAAGUGCAGCGGACAGCGAAGAGAGUGAGAAUUCAAAAGGCAAUAUCACGAAGACAGUGGUAGUUUCGGUGCGGCAUGAUGAAUCGUCGUCUUCGUCGCUGCCAGCGGAGACGAAGGGGUGGCAGAAUGUUUGA